AUGGCCAACAUCAGCAGCAGCCCGUCGGUCUCGGUAUCCGACGAGAGCUUGGAGGCGGACGCGAGGUGCUGCUCGUCAUCGUCGACGGCGCCGAGCCUGCUCGACACGGUCGACUUCAGCCGCAGCCCCUCCGACGUGUCCACUUUCUCCGAGCACAGUGUUGACCUCAGCGGGCCCUUCGGCACGGCCGCCGUGUCCAAGCUGAUCGGCGGCCGCGGCUCCCCCGCGCUCAGCCGGCUGAGCAUGAAGCCCCGCGCCGACGUGCUCGACAGGCGCGGAACGGAGGACGAGAUUGAGCUGGUGAAGGAGAGGUUCUCGAAGCUUCUGCUGGGCGAGGACAUGUCAGGGGGCGGCAAGGGCGUGUGCACCGCCGUGGCCAUCUCCAACGCCAUUACCAACCUCUACGCGACGGUGUUCGGGAACUGCCACAAGCUGGAGCCGCUGCCUGUCGGGAAGAAGACGAUGUGGCGGAGGGAGAUGGACUGCCUCCUCGCCGUCUGCGACUACAUCGUCGAGUUCUACCCCUCCUCGCAGUCGCUCUCCGACGGCACCCGCGUCGAGGUCAUGGCCACCAGGCCGAGAUCCGACAUCUACAUCAAUCUCCCCGCCCUCGAGAAGCUCGACGCCAUGCUCAUCGAGAUCAUGGACAGCUUCCAGAAAGCAGAGUUCUGGUACGCGGACGCCGGGACGAGAUCGUUCGGGUCGGUGACGUCCUCUUCGUCUCCGUCGUCAUCGUUCCGGCGGUCGACGGCGACCCACCGGAACGAGGACAAGUGGUGGAUGCCGGUGCCGUGCGUCCCGGACGGCGGCCUGUCCGUGAAGGCGCGGAAGGAGCUCCGGCAGAAGCGCGACUGCGCCAACCAGAUCCACAAGGCCGCCGUGGCCAUCAACAGCGGCGUGCUGAGCGACAUGGAGGUGCCGGAGUCGUUCAUGGCGCUGCUCCCGAAGAGCGGGAGGGCGAGCGUGGGGGACUCGGUGUACCGCGCCAUGCACGGGUCCGACAAGUUUUCGCCGGAAUACCUGCUGGACUGCGUGGACGUGUCAUCGGAGCACGAGGCGCUGGCGUUGGCCGACCGGGUGGAGGCGGCCAUGUACGUGUGGCGGCGCAAGGCGACCGCGAGCCACGGCGGCAACAGGUCGGCGCAGUGGAGCAAGGUCAAGGAGCUGGCCGCGGCCGCCGACGACGGCGGCGAAGGCGGCAAGAACGUGGCGCUGGCGAGCAGGGCCGAGAGCCUCCUGCUCUGCAUCAAGCACCGCUUCCCUGGCCUCUCGCAGACCACCCUCGACACCAGCAAGAUCCAGUUCAACAAGGAUGUUGGGCAGGCGAUCCUGGAGAGCUACUCAAGGGUGCUGGAGAGCUUGGCGUUCAACGUCGUCUCGUGGACAGAAGAGGUUCUUUUUGCCGACAAGAACGCCAGGAAAUAG